AUGCCACCCGAAGGAAGCACGAAGGCUGGGAUACUGCCAGGUUGCCCAAUCCUAGACAGGGGAAAUCGAGUGGCGGAGGUCGGAUUCGAACCACGGACCUUCCGUCAGUAAAUUUGCGCUCUAACUACUUGAGCCAUCUCGCUCGUCUGUGAUGAAACUGAAGAACAGUUAGAGUAUCUGAAGCUCAUUUGGGUUCUUGUCCAUCAGUGUCACAAAUGCACUUGAUGAUUGCCACCUUGAACAUUUUUCUGGUGAGGUCUUUGGCAGUGCAGCCGACAUUUUGGUGUCGACAGGCAUUCUGUGCUGUGGCUUGGUCCUACGCUGUAACAUUACAGGGCACCGUCUUUCGAGCAACAUGCUUUUUUGAUGCCGCCUUCAAAGUGGCUCAAAACAUGAGAUGGACAGUAUGCCACUGGGAAAAAUGUUCGGGAAAUAUUUCAAACGCGUAUUUUAGUACGGUCCAGCUUCCACUUAGCUAUUCCCGUACGUCCACAAAUUUGGCCGAAACGGCACUUGAUUUCGAUCUAAAUAACUCCAUCUGUCAAAUCUGUCAAACUUUCAAUGUUUUGUCUGAGUCAGAUUUCGGAAGUAUGGGGCCCUUCGACGGCUUUGCUUCGUCAGUUAGAGGCCUUCCUUUCUUCUUAAUCCCGUUCUUAUUUCACAGCUUCUUUCAGUAAAUAUCUUUAACCAAUCGUAGGAAGUCAAACCUCUGUGUUAGGUGCCAGUGUUACUGCCAGCAAUGCAUCGUUAAAUGUUGGAUCUGCAGAUCCUGUGUUGUUUAUGCGGUCUGCGCUUGUUCCUGGGGAUUCUGGAACUACUUUUCUACUCCCCCCGGAAAUGACAUAUCAAAAGCAAUCUGAAUAUCGAAUUCCAGAAUCAGAACAUGGCAAAUCGUGUAUAAAUUCGCUGACAUGAAAACGGUUGGGUUCUUAUUCGAGGACCAAAAAAUAGAAAGGCUCGGUCUCACCUCUUGGAUGGGAGUCCUCAAGUAAGACCCUCACCUUUACUAUUUCUAAUGUUUCCUCUUCAGAAGUGCUGAUUUGCGGUUCGUGAAGGUUAUAUUGAAGCUCUUAGUUCGCUGUAUUUUCCUCUAGAUAGAUCCUCAUUUGCCGAUCGAUGGCCAAGGUCCAUUCGAUGUGAUUCUUCAUAAACUAAGUGAUUUGGGCGACGAAGACCUUACCUUACAUCAUGAGUUGGAGGUUGGUCUAUAUUUCUCACUCUACUCCUCAGAGUUAUGUAUUCAGACACCCUGAAGUCAUCUGCAUCGAUCCACUAUCCUCAGUUUGCGCUUUGGCGGACCGAUACGAUCAGUGUCGUGUACUAUCUUCUUCCCUGAAUCAGUCCACUCUCGCGGACACCGUAUUUGUUCCAGGAUUCUGCCUCGCAAAGCGGAAUAGUACAGAUGAGAAUUUGAAGUUGAUGCUCGAAAAUGGCAUUCGGUUUCCGCUGAUUUGCAAACAGUUAUCCACAGAAAGCGAACCAAACACCCGAAAGAUGGCUUUGGUCUUCAAUGCUCGCGGAUUAGAAGCGCUAAAUUAUCCUAUUCUGCUCCAGCAAUUCGUCAACCAUGAUGCCAGACUAUUCAAGCUGUUCGUAAUCGGCAAGUUUGUCCAUAUCCGGCUUCGUCCUUCUAUACGAAAUUUGUCACCGUCAUCGAGUGGAGAGAACAUAUUCUUUGAGUCAAACACAAUAUCUAAAGAAUACAGCGUAUCGCCCCUAAAUGUGGCUGGAGCUGUGGACAACGAACAAACUGCUUUAUCGAUGCAGCAGAGGAGCCUGCUCCUAGACAUUGCACGACAGUUAAGAACCGAUUUGAAGCUUGAUCUUUUCGGUAUUGAUGUGGUCGAAUGUAUUUGUGAGGAUACUGUUCGCACAUCCACCGGAGCCUGUGGGGAUCCCAAUGUGAAUGAAAAAACAACCGUUCGCUACGCCGUGAUUGAUGUGAACCCUGCCCCAGGUUAUUCCGGUGUUCCGAACUUCCCCGAACAUCUGGAGAAUCUCAUCCGAGAGAAGCUUUCACUUCCGCUGAUUCCAGUUCCAUCCGGAACUAUGGCUUGAUCUCAUGCGAACGUAUUAUUUUUUACACCGUUGGUGGUAUGGCGACGCUAUUUUUACUUGGCAUUACUACUUGCUAUAAUUUUCCGC